AUGGGGAGUCCAGGCUGUGAGCAUGCAGGCUUCACCUCACACUCGCCUCUCUACAUCAGCCACCCACACACCGACACAAGGACCACCUGGCUGGACGAGGGGGAGGACGUCAAACCCCCCCGCAGCUUGCUAGGGCUUCCUGAGCUCAGCUGGCCUGGGGUCUACCUCCCCUGCUAUGACAGAUUAGCUAUGGAGGAGAACCCCUGGGUGCUGCGGAUGACGGAGGCCCCUACUCCUGCUCCUGCUCCUGCUGCCGUUCCUCCAUCUAGGACCCAGGAGAUGAAUCCUGUGAAACCCAGUCAAGUCCAGGACACGUCCCCUGAGAUGGAGGGCCAGGCAGAGGAGCGCUGUCUGGAGCAGGUCCAGACCAUGGUGGUAGGAGAGGUGCUAAAGGAUGUGGACACAGCGUGCAAACUGCUUAACAUCGCACCAGGUAACAAAGAAAAACAACUGGUUAAUGUUGGGAAAUUAGAGAAACCCUGGGGCAAAAGAGUUGGCAGGAGUGUAGAAGAGUCACCUUCAAAAGCUAUCAUUUGUUUGUUUGCUCUUACAUCAACAUCCACAGUGGCACAACUGUUACCUGUGAGUAUCUGGGGCCCUGCCUUCCUUGUGCAAACACUCAUGUUGAAAGAUCAUAUUUGGUCCUUGAACUUUUUCAUUAAGAACCUUGAAAUCAUGCAGACACCGGGUGACUGAAUAUUUGCUUUUGUUACUGCACACUUCUUACCUAACUCUUACUCAGAGGGUGGGAAACAAAUUAAUAGUUGCUCAUAUUAUGUGCUAUAUCCUGUUUGUGGUUUAAAGGGGUAAACAAGUCAUUUAGCUGUUCAUUUUGUCUUUAAAAAUGAAAGACUGAAAGAGAUUAAGACUGACAGAUUUUAAGAUAUGAUCAGUACUAAUCCAGUAGACUCUGAGAAAGACACAGCUCAGUUUCAUAGAGCCGAUAUCCGCCAAUUGAAGUCCCCUUUUAGUGACCCCACCUGCCAGAAGCUUUAAAAACUCUCCACAAAUGAUCAAAAAUCUCUGAUUUGUACAAGAUUUUUGAGGUUAAAAAGGAUGAAGUAUUGAAGCUGGCGCAUUUAAACGCAAAUUUUUGCACCUCUGAGACUUGGCAGAAUUUUUAAAAAUCAUAGUAUGAUUUCGGUCUAGGUCUGUGUACCAAAAUGAUACUCUUAUAAUCUUGAUCCUUAAAUUCUAUGAGUUAAUUAAAGUCACAAUCAUCGAUCUUUAAUGCCAUUACUACAGCUUUCUUUUUGCUUUUUUAUCACUGUCAGUUUUGGCGCCCCCUAUUGGCAUCCCCCUUUUAUCUAAUUGCUGAUUUUGUUUUGAACAUGUUAGUGUUUUUUAAAGAGUAUCAGUGUGCCUUUUUCACAGAAGAAAGUGUCUUUUUGUAGUUUUGUUUUACAGACAGAUACUGUGACAGGAAGGUUACAUGGCCUUUAAACGAGCACAAAACUCACCUAAGUCUUCAACACCAGUUUGUGAUUUUUGUUUUGGUUAAUAGAUCCUCAAAAGUCAAACAGCUAAUUUGCACUUUUGCUCCUAUCCUUCAAUCUUGCACAGUUUAAUGAUGGUGUAACAGUUUGCACAGCUUGACAAACUAAUUUUGUGCCUUAAUAUUUUCACUGGCUCCACUCCAAAAAUAAAUAUUAUACUUCUAAAAGGUUAAGCAGUUCAGAGCUGCUGCAGCUGAGGUCAUGAUGUCCAUCGUAAGAGAAAACCCACCAGUGGAUUGAGACGUCUUGUCCUUGUGUUUUCCUUUCAGACCCUUUGGACUGGAGUUGUGUGCACGUCCAGAAGUGGCUUCUCUGGACUGAGCACCUGUACAGGCUGCCACAGGUCAGCACCAUGUUUCAGGAGCUAAACGGGAAGGAUCUCUGCUCCAUGACAGAAGCAGAUUUCAGAUUACGCUCGUCGCAGUUUGGGGACAUGCUGUAUGCUCAUUUGGACAUCUGGAGAUCAAGUAAGAACAAAAAGAGACGCUGUGAAAUGAACCUACGAAACAUCAACUCUGCUGUUAGAACAUUAAGGAGAGGCUGAUUGUGGAGAAAAUGAGCUGUGACUAAGUGUAUCUCAGAGACUUUGCUGUAAAUGUUCAAUGGGGAGUAAAGUGCUUUUCUUCUCUUUUCCAUUUAGCUGCAGCAAUGAAGGAGCGCUGCCCCCCGGAAGACAACAAAUCUGGUGAGUUCUUCCUAUCUGUGAUUGUUUUUCUAAGCAAAAAAUGGAAGAAAACAUGAGAAACAUGAAAUAAGUCAACUUCUGGUUUCUUCAAAUCUCUUUCAUUCCAGCAGCUGAUGAUGAUUCCUGGUCAGAAGUGAUCAAUAACUAUCCAAACCAGCCUAUCCACCUGUGGCAGUUCCUCCGAGAGCUGCUGCUCAAACCUCAUAACUACAGUCGAUGCAUCCGCUGGCUUAACAAAGAAAAAGGUAAAAACUAUUUUGGAUAAUAGUUUGGUGCAACAGUAGUACAUGCAAAUAACUGAUCACAUUUAUGCCUAUAUGUGUUGUCAGUAACUCUUGUUCAGUCUAAACUUACUUCGCCUGCUGACUGCAGCUUCAUAGACCUGUCAGAGAUCUUAUGUAACUAAAGGCAAGAAAGAAAAUUGGCCAGCAUGAAAUGUCAAAACUAUUUAAACGUUUUGCACCUGUAAUUAAAUUGUAACAACCAAAUAACAGCCAAACUUCAAAUAUCUCUAAAACAAACACAAAGCAGCCUCACCCAUGUCCUUUGUCCUCAUUAGCUUAUAUGUUACGAAAGUUGAACACAUAACUCCUAACUAAAGCUGAGAUCAGGUUUUGUGCAAAAAAACAUACCAUCACGAAGCUAAAAUUUCCCAUUUUAAGUGAUUUUUAACAGUUUAUGAUGCUUGGCUUGACACUAACUGUACUCACAAGGAGCACAUGUGUUCCUAAAUUGAAAAAGAAAGGAGCAAAUAAAGAACUUUAGGGGCACAAUGAAAACUGAUCAAAAAUGCUUUUCUUAUUGGUCGACAUAAGUAGGCUACUGUUUUUUGAAAUCAAUUUUAGGUCUUUUGGUCACAUGACAUGGAAGCUAUUUAAGAAAUUGUUUCAAAUUUGCCUUUAAAUUUAACACAUGAAUCUUUAGAGAAAAAAUAGGCAAAAAAGAUGUAUGUCUUAUUGUCCGACCUUCAUACUACUACUAUUUGAAACCAGUUUUAGGUCAAUUGGUCACAUGACAUGGAAGCUUUUGAAGGAAAACAGGCUUUUCUGAGAACACCAACCGGUAAUUUAUUGAUUCUCCCUUACUCAACACGUUGACAGCGAGGGUGGUGAGUAGAUUUAACCGCGCUGCUGUUGUUAAUCCAGGUUAGGGAGAGUUAGAAGACCCCGGUAGAUCCGCAGUGAAUGACCGUCGAAUCUCCAACCUAAAACUAACUUCGCCGUUGCGUAUUUACAUAAAAAAAACCAUUUGCUUCCACGGUUGAUUUUUUUAUUCCCCUAAAUACAUUUUACACAGUGAAAUGGUCGCACUGUCGAGCCCUGCAUUAGCAUAUCGAUAAUAUGGUUUACUGCCAAAGCUGUAACAAUCCGAUUAGCCUCGACUAUAUUUAAUGUUGAACUCUAUUUUGCAAAUGUUUGCAUGUUAACUCAAAGUUUAACUACUACUUACAUUCCCGACGGCCUCAACUGCACUUUUCUUUCAGCAGUUGUCACUUCUCGCUCAUCCAACAUGGCAAACAUAAUUAACGUUACUGACAUUAGCAUGCUAGCAUUGUCAGUUUUUGCAUCGCCAUAUUAGCAAGUUAGCCAGUUGGAAGAAAACGGAAGCCUGGGAAGUUUGCUUCCUCAAUGCAGGCUCGACUGUGCGACCGUUUCACUCGCAUUUACGACUAAAAAUAGAUGUAAUAGAUUGUAAAAUGUAUUUGUGGGCACAUGUGCGCAUAAAACAAAAUUUAGCCGAGGCAACAAAUGUUUUUGCAUGUAAAUACAGCGGUGAAGUUAGUUUUAGAUUAGUUAUCCCUUGCUGUUAAUGUCCAGUGUUGAGUAAGGGACCAUCAAUAAAUUACCGGUUGAUGUUCUUAGAAAAGGCUGUUUUCCUUCAAUAGCUUCCAUGUCAUGUGACCAAAAGACCUAAAAUUGAUUUCAAAUAAUAGUGCUUUUGUCGACCAAUAAGACAAACAUUAUUUGAUCAAUUUUCAUUGUGCCCCUGAAGUUCUUUAUUUGCUUCUUACUUUUUCAAUUUAGAAGCACAUGUGUUCCUUGUGAAUACAGUUAGUGUCAAGCCCUGCAAUGGCUUUUUUCAGCUUUCAGUCAGAACUGAUUUUUUCUGUCUUUCUUGCGUUUAAAGGGAUUUUCAAGAUAGAGGACUCAGCCCACGUGGCCAGGCUAUGGGGGAUCAGGAAGAACCGCCCAGCAAUGAACUACGACAAACUGAGCCGCUCCAUACGCCAGUACUACAAGAAAGGGAUCAUCAGAAAGCCUGACGUAUCCCGCAGAUUGGUCUACCAGUUUGUGAACCCUGUAUGA